AACCAAAAACAGAGCACAAUACGAGGAACGAAAAUAAAUCCUGCGAUUUCGAAGAACGCAGAAGAAGAAGACAACAAAGCCUUGAUGGUCAGCACCCAUACCAAAAACCAGCACUUUUUUCUUCAAUCUCCGUAACUGUGCUUGAUUUCCGCAACUUCAGGAGCUCCUGUCAACAGAUAUAUCAUGCUAUGGGAAAUUAUUGAAACAGAACUCUGAGCCCUAGUCAUUGAGAAAGAAACACUAUACAUCUGGAUUUGCAAUGGCUCCUGGAGGAAGUUCUUUCAAAGAAGCUCUUGAAACUCCCCUGAUGUUUUCCAAUUAUGAUACCGCUAAGGCAAAAUCUGAGGUCAAUGGAAAUAAAACAUUCACAAAAUCUAGGAUCGGGUUGAGUGGGAAGAGUGGAAUUAAUUCAAAGAAUGCUGUCUGUGACUUACUUGAGUGCACUGUUUGCAAGAAUAUGAUGUAUCCCCCAAUUCAUCAGUGCCCAAAUGGCCACACGUUAUGUUCAAAUUGUAAGGCUGCAGUGCGUAACAGUUGUCCAACAUGUAGCCACGAUCUUGGAAAUAUAAGGUGUUUGGCUCUGGAGAAAGUGGCCGAAUCCUUGGAGCUUCCUUGCAGAUAUCAAAAUCUAGGUUGUCAUGAUAUAUUUCCAUACUACACUAAACCUAAGCAUGAGAAAAAUUGUCGAUUUCGUCCAUACCAUUGCCCCUAUGCUGGAUCAGAGUGCUGUGUAACGGGUGAUGUUCCAACACUUAUUGUGCAUCUCAAGGAUGAUCACAAGGUUGACAUGCAUGACGGAUGCACCUUCAACCAUCGAUAUGUCAAAACAAAUCCACAUGAAGUUGAAAAUGCCACAUGGAUGCUAACCGUUUUCAGGUGUUUUGGGAGGCAUUUCUGCUUGCACUUUGAGGCGUUUCUGCUAGGCACAGCUCCAGUUUUCAUGGCGUUCUUACGGUUUUUGGGCAACGAGGAGGAGGCAAAGAAGUUCAGAUACAGCUUGGAGGUUGGUGCAAAUAGCCGAAAACUUACAUGGCAAGGAAUUCCAAGGAGCAUUCGUGACAGUCAUAGUAAAGUUCGUGACAGUCAAGAUGGACUUAUCAUUCAGAGGAACCUUGCUCUUUAUUUUUCUGGUGGCGACAGACAACAGUUGAAGUUGAGGAUCACUGGUCGUAUUUGGAAAGAAGAUUGACAAAAUGUAUAUAUGUUAGGGAUCUCAAACUCACUGUACAGACCCACCAACUAUGCCAUUUUCACAUUUUGGUCUCAAGCUUUUAUUGUAUCCAUUGCUUAUUGCUUGUCCCUCGCACUCCAAGACUUGAGAGUUAGUUACAUUUCAGCUGGUCUUAAGUUCUCUUUCCUUUUCUUCUAUAAUAAUCCUAAGAAGAAGAACCAACAACAAUUAAGAAGGUUUAAAUAUAUUUUUAGUUUUU